AUGAGUCGCCGCUCUCUUCACGUCCAGAAGCACACCUGCGCUUCCUGCGGUUACCCCUCGGCCAAGACCCGCAAGUACAACUGGUCCGAGAAGGCCAAGCGCAGAAAGACCAACGGUACCGGCCGCAUGCGCUACAUGAAGGACGUCUCCCGCCGCUUCAAGAACGGCUUCCAGUCCGGCGUCCCCAAGGGCUCUACCGUCCCCGCCUCGGCUUAA